AUGGCUGUACCAGUACGGGUACGCCUCGCUCGCCGCUUCCAUCCCUCACCAUCCGACCACGAGGGAAUCUCUCCCCAGUCCUUCCUCCUGGAUCCUUCAGCCGGGCUCGGCGGCCGGUUCUGGUCUUUAGAAACGGGCGGCAACGUCCACGCGAACGUGAACGUCAACGUCAACUUGGGAGGAAACCCUGUUACGCUUGCUCCUGCGCCGUCGCUCGACGCCGAGUAUCUUCGCCCGCUCCCAGACUUCAGUCGACAGUCAGGCAACCUGGCGGCUCUCGCAGUUCCCCCACCCGGGAUGGGCACUGCGCUGGACGCGCUGAACACAGCUCAGCAGCCGCUGACGGCUCGUCGUCCUGCCGCCUCGAAUCUGCCUGCCUUUGAGCUUCCCCCGCCCACCAACUUUGGCCAGGUGCAUGCGACUUCAAAAUUGCCCUUGUUGUCACCAGUAAAUGCCAUUUCCUCCAACGUCAGCAAUCUGCUUACUCCUCCCCCCAACUCCUCUGCUGAACACUCCGCGUCUAUCCCCCCAGGGUCGAGCGCGGAUGUACCAUCCUACUCUGCGCUGUGGCAAAACCAGAAUUCCUAUAGCUACGCGCCUCCUGCUCACCCGUCCUGGGGCCCCAGCUCAUCUGGUCUUUACCCACCCCCGCGAGGCGGCAUUUCACCCUCAGUCGGGCCGUUGGGUCGGAACAGCGCGUCGCUGCCCUCGUCCACAGAAGGCAUGUCGCAGUACGAUCUCAAUCACCUGCCCCCUUUCCAACAACAGCUCCCCUCUUCAUCACCCCCUACGCAACACCCCCAGCACGCGAUUGCUCACACGAUGAUCGCCAACACCUUACCCUCAACAUCGACCGCGCCAUCCCAUCCCAUGGUGGCCGGUGAUCCGUACGGACCCAAAACUCCCGGAGCGCCGUUAUUCAGUCCAUCGCAGUCGGUCGCGCACGGCUAUCCGCCUGUCUCGUAUGGAGCACAAAGCGGAUUGGGAAUUCAUGCCUCGCGAAUGCCAUCUGCACCGGCCCAGUCGCCGCCCAUGCAACCGCCACAGCUAGGCUAUAGUCGGCCACCGUGGCCGUCAUAUUCGCUCCCCGCGAUGACGGGGCCGGUGAUGACCAACGUGCACAAUCCCAGUGGUCAAAUGUCCCUGAUGGGGAAUAUGCAGACGGGGCUGAUGCCGGGCUUCACCAGUGGCCAUCUGGCGAGCAUGCAGCAUAUGUACGGCGGACACCCGUCACAUCACCAGGGACAUGGCCAGCCUGCGCCACCAAACGACCGACCAUUCAAAUGCGACCAAUGUCCGCAAAGUUUCAAUCGAAAUCACGAUCUCAAACGACACAAAAGGAUCCAUUUGUCGGUAAAACCGUUUCCGUGCACGCAUUGCGACAAGAGUUUUUCACGAAAAGAUGCUCUGAAGCGACAUUUGCUCGUCAAAGGAUGCGGAAAAAACACGGAUGGUGGCUCAGCCGUCAAGGACGACGAAGCCCUUACCAAGACCGACUCGCACAGCGAUCGGGCGAGCCCAUUGUCAAAUGGCGCUUGACAUUUGUCAUUCAAUGUCAGUAUUAUAUUCAGUAUUCAACAGUUAGUCGGUUAGUCGGUUCCUCGUCAGGUCAUUUAAGCAAGGUGUCGGGAUGGUUUGUAUCGUUUUGUCUGUUUGAAUUGAAAUGGGUAUCGAGUUGCACUGUAUGUAUUGCAUGUUUGAUUGAACUCGAGGCGACGUGGAUGUGUUUAACUCCAGCAUUUGAUUAUGUUAUGUAUGAGAUUAGGGUUUUUUCUCCUGGAUUGGUUUUGGUUAAUGUUAUGUAUUCGGAGUGCGUGUCUCUGUCUGUCAUGGAGUCUGGUCGCGACUUUGUGAUGUUUGAUGUCUAUCUACAUACGCUUUGCAUACAUAGUACCCAAAAAUAUUUAUAUUUUAUAUUUUU